AUGGCACUAACACCAGGCUAUCUGCCCCCUAGUGGCCAAGAGCUGCGGGAGGAAAGGAGGCAAGGGACGAGCGGGAGGAGGAAAGGAGGCAGGGAACCGGAGCGAGGAGGAAAGGAGGCAAGGGACCGAGCGGGGGAGAAGGAGGCAAGGGACCGAGCGGAGAGGAAAGGGGCAAGGACCGAGCGGAGGAGGAAAGAGGCAGGGACCGAGCGGAGGAGGAAAGGAGGCAAGGGACCGAGCCGGGGAGGAAAGAGGCAACGGACCGAGCGGAGGAAGGAAGGGGCAAGGACCCGAGCGAGAGGAAAGGAGGCAAGGGGACCGAGCGGAGGGAGGAAAGGAGGGAAGGGACCGAGCGGAGAGGAAAGGAGGCAAGGGACGAGUCGGGAGGGAGGAAAGGAGGCAAGGACAGACGAGAGCAAAGAGGCAAGGGACAAGAGCGAGGAGGAAAGAGGCAAGGACAGAGCGCGAGGAGGGAAGGAGGCAAAGGAUCCGAGCGGAGAGGAAACAGCAUCCAACACGCCUCUAGAACAAGACCGUCGGAACGGCAACACGACAAACAACACAGGGACAACAACACAAUCAAGAAUCAGAAAAUGUUAUUGA